AUGACUCACUUAAGUACUACCUCGAUCCAUGCUGAUGACAUUCACAACAGAGUGAGUGAUGUUGCUCCUCCAAUUAACGUAACUACAACAUUCCGAUUUGAUAAUGACAAUUUGAUCCCUGAGGCUGAGCUUGAAAAUUUUAUAGAAGCUAUUGAGGAGUCGCCAGUUUAUGCUAGAGAAACACAUCCCAAUAGUAUCAGGGUGCAAAGCAUUCUUUCUAGUAUCUUAGGAGGCCAUGCCGCUGUUUAUAACUCAGGUUGUUCGGCAUUUCAUGCUCUCAUGUUCCGCCUGAAUCCAAAGCGAGUUUUCAUGGAUGAUGCUUACGGUGGUGUCGAAACCAUUGCCUCGCUAAUUAAGGAGAAGUAUGGUUUGAAGAUCUUCAAGUUGGACCAAAUUGAGGAAUUCGCAGAGAAAGGCGAUCUUGUUCAUUUGGAAACACCCCUUAACCCUUUUGGCAUUUGCACUAACAUAGUGGCCCUUGCAGAACGAGUACACAAGAAGGGCGCUUUGUUGUCGGUUGACUCGACCUUGGCUCCUCCUCCUUUACAGAAUGCGUGGGACUUCGGCGCCGACAUUGUGAUGCAUUCCGCCACCAAGUAUCUUGGAGGACAUUCUGACCUGCUUGCAGGUGUCCUAGUUGUAAAGGAUGUAGAAACACAGAGAGCACUUAUUAAAGAAAGGAUUUACCUUGGAACGAACUUGGGCAAUCUGGAAAGUUUUCUGCUUCUAAGAUCCCUGAGAACCUUUGAGAUGAGAGUUACUAAGCAAUCAGAGAAUGCAUUAAAAGUUGUGACUUUUCUGCAUGAAAAUAGCGCCAAGUAUCCAAAAGUGCUGGAUCAAUUGUAUCAUUCCUCUUUACAAAAAGAAGAAUUCGUGCAGAAGCAAUUGGCUGGUGGCCAUGGUGCUGUCUUUUCGAUGAUCCUUAAAAGUGUUGAACAAGCUAAGAAGCUUCCCACGAAACUUGUUUACUUUCAGCAUGCAACGUCGCUUGGUGGAGUUGAGUCUCUGAUCGAAUGGAGAGCUAUGAGUGAUUCCACGAUCGAUCCAUGCUUAGUCAGAUUGUCGGUAGGUUGUGAAAAUGUCGAUGAUUUGAUCCAGGAUCUUGACCAAGGAUUACAAGCUUUGCAAAACGCAGCCGCAGUUUAG